AUGCCUAGAGGAAGCAGAAGCCGAACUUCGAGGAUCCCUUCUCCAGCAAGCCGAGCACCGCCACCUCCACCCCCUCCUUCCCACGCACCUGUACCAAUGCAUGCACCUCCAGCGGCUGUGGCUGCACCAGCGGCAGCACCUAGGCAGCCUGGUAUGUUUGCCCAGAUGGCAACUACUGCUGCUGGGGUAGCUGUGGGUUCUGCUGUCGGACAUACUCUUGGCCACGCGAUGACAGGCGCCUUCAGUGGGGGAAGCUCAGAGCCCGCGCGGCCUGAUGUCACAUACCAGGAGCCCCACCAGGCGCAGCCAUACCAGACACAAUCCCCCUACCAGCAACAGAACACCCAACAACAAGCAUGUUCCUAUGAGCUCAAACAGUUCAUCGACUGCGCUCAGUCCCAAAGCGAUCUUAAACUCUGCGAGGGCUUCAGCGAGGUGCUCAAGCAGUGCAAGUUCGCUAAUGGUAAAUAUGGAAAGCCUGUUUUUACAGUAUUGCAUAAAGAAGAGCACUGA